CUUAUUUGAUACCACUACAGUUCAAGCAGUGAACAUUCCAAGCUUACAUAUUGUAGGCCUUCAUGUCGGAAUACUGGAAAUUCUGUUUCGUUGAAGUUGGACUGCCUAUCAUUCUGUGUGGAGACUCCGGAAUUGUGGAAAUGGGAUUGUUCUGGCCCAUGAUGUCAAUUGGGAUAUCCAUGCAGGAAACGAGGAAGAUCGUGUUUUAAAAUCGAAACAGAACCAAAUGUUCAUUAUUUGUUAAUUGUUGAUCAGAACACAAUGUCGACUUACAUACCCAACCGACUACUGUCCUUCAGGAUUUCACAAACGUUGUGCUCCGUGCAUGUUCUCCGUGUUGUUUGGUGUUUCCACGGUCAUCCACCGCCUGAUUCUAGUCAACUUAUCGACCACAUAUUCACAGCGUUGUUAUCCCUCCUAUCAACACUUCUGGCUGCUCUUUUCAGUAUUCUCAAACAACACUCUGUUCGAUUGAAAAUAAACAUUUACGAGCGCUACAGUCCGAAAAAGUCCCGUUCACGUGUCGAGUCUCGCCGGAAGCCGUUACGUAUACGGCGGGUCUCCCCUGACACGGUUAACAUCGGGAAAAUUCCAUACUCCCUCCCUGCGCUAUCUUCAGCUGUCAGAUACCUAGGUCAAGAUGUAUCGGGUUUGAAAGGUGUUAUGAAGGAACUGAUACCUAAGCACCAGGAAGAGGUGAAGGCGUUUCGUCAGCAACAUGGCAAUACCAAGAUCGGAGAAAUCACGGUCGAUAUGGUGUAUGGCGGUAUGCGAACAAUGAAAAGUAUGAUCUGCGAGACCUCAGUUCUCGACGCUGAUGAGGGAAUCCGUUUCCGUGGCUACACGAUCCCAGAGUGCGAGAAACUCCUGCCCAAGGCUCCCGGUGGAGGAGAGGAGCCACUUCCCGAGGGUCUCUUCUGGCUGUUGUUGACUGGAGAGAUCCCAACUGAAGCUCAGGUUAAAGGCGUAUCACAGGAAUGGGCAGCGCGAGCAUCCCUCCCCACCCACGUCGUAAACAUGUUGAACAGCUUCCCUCGACAUGUCCACCCAAUGUCACAGUUCAGUGCAGCCAUCACUGCCCUCAAUACCGAGAGUAAAUUCGUCGAGGCAUACAACGCUGGAGUUCACAAGUCGCAAUAUUGGGAGUCAAUUUACGAGGAUGCCAUGGACCUGUGUGCCAAGCUCCCAACACUAGCAGCCAUCAUCUACCGCAAUUUAUACAAAGACGGCAAAGUCUGCGCAAUUGACACUAACCUGGACUGGUCCGCUAACUUCUGUAACAUGUUAGGUUAUGAUAACCCCAACUUUACAGAACUCAUGCGGCUGUACUUAACUAUUCACAGUGACCAUGAAGGUGGCAACGUCAGUGCGCACGCGUGCCAUCUUGUAGGCAGUGCUCUCUCGGACCCGUAUCUCAGCUUCUCCGCUGCCAUGAAUGGACUGGCCGGCCCUCUCCACGGUCUUGCAAACCAGGAGGUGCUUAUCUGGUUGACUGCUAUAAGGAAGGAACUAAAAGAUCUUUCGGAUGAAUCCAUCAGGGAGUUUAUCUGGAACACUUUGAAAAGCGGACAGGUCGUUCCCGGUUAUGGGCAUGCCGUCCUUAGAAAGACUGACCCCCGUUAUGAAUGCCAGCGAGGAUUUGCCCUCAAACACUUGCCCGAUGAUGAAAUGUUCCAGCUUGUAAGCCAGCUAUAUAAACUUGUACCAGAUAUCCUAUUAGAACAAGGCAAGGCCAAGAACCCCUGGCCCAAUGUAGAUGCUCACAGUGGAGUGCUACUGCAGUAUUUCGGGAUGACAGAAAUGAAUUACUACACAGUCCUGUUUGGCGUCUCGCGUGCCAUGGGUGUGAUGGCAUCACUUAUCUGGUCUCGCGCUCUCGGACUCCCCAUCGAACGACCAAAGUCAAUGAGCACGGAAGGUCUAAAGAAAUUUGUGUCGAAAUAAAUGCUAGUGUGACAAAUAGUGCCAGUUGUGUCCUUCAACUCCUCAAGUAACCACCUGUACUCUUUAACGAGUGUCAACGAUUUUGACAUUUUCACUUCUUUCCUAUUGGCAUGACUCCAAAUUCAGAACCAGGAUCGAUGCAGUUUUGUGUUUUCACUUAGAUUAUUGUGUUAAGACAGGUGCUGUACGCUUAUUCUGAUCUCGCUGUUGUGGUAUUUAGUACUAUGGCCUAUAGGCUCCAUCAAAAUGGUACAGAGUUAUUCUGUGCAUUUGUUGUGGGUAGGCCUAGAUAUGCAAUGUUUGAUGUUAGGAGUCGUCAAGUAAACCAAUAAACAGAAUCUGCAGACAUUUGUUUGUCAUAAACUGGUGUUUUAUUCAUUACAUGUAUGUGCUAGUUUUCAUGCUGCUUUGCAGCGAAAGGUGUGUCAUUAUUAAUUUAUUAAGGUCUCAUGUCAACAGCCGUUCCAUUCUGAUUGUAAUAGCUGACACUAAUUGUUUAAUUUUACUAGAAAUUGGUAAAUAUCGCUGUUGUGAGACAAUUAGAUUAGUAUCACAAUUUCGGCCAGAUUAAGUCCUGAAAACAAAGGCAAUGUUAUAUUGUUAACUUUUUUUCCACAGGGACCACAACAUUUCUUGAUUCAAAAUGGUUUGUUAGGACAUCGGUGUUAAAAUACAUGUAGAUGCCACUGGUUCAUUGCAUUGAGGGUUGUUGUGACAUGUACACAUACUGGGAAAUGUUGCGAAAUGUUACCGCUUUCAUUUGGAAUGUGUUUAUCGUUAUCAACAUUAUCAUUCUCCAACUAGAACAGUUUGCUUGUUUUGCAUCAUGUGAUGGGGUCAGAGGGAUUAAGCUUAUCCUUCUGCAGAUGAAGCUGGUUUAUCUUUGUAACCACUUUGUGCGGUCGAUUGUACCAUGAAUGCAUUGUACUGAAGCCAUAAAAAACUUUGUGCAAAAACUUUCUGGCCCGAAUUUUGCUCUGUCGGCUCAAUACAGUGGUGUGCACAUGAAUAUAAUUGAGAGCCAAAACAACAUCUGGGAUGUUUUUGCUGCUUUCUCAAAACAAAGAAACUACAUAUGUCUUGAUGGCUCUGACCUCUUCAUGAUAUAUGAUAAACUUACCUGUAUUAACUCUCUCACAAGCUGCAUACGAUAUUAUUUUACUCAAAGUUGAAGGCAGAAGUUACUGUGGCAAAGAGAGUAGAUAUGCAUGUAAUGAUUGUACAUAUUUUGUUGAUACAUAUAUAUUGACUCGUUGAAUUCCUGUCCAAAUAUGUGUACUUCUUUUGAAGCAGAUACUGUAUAUGACAUCUGUAAAGGAUUGAUAUCUUUUGAUGUAAACUCUGUGCAGAUGCUGUCUGUUACGUACGGGUAUUGUAGAUUUUCAAUUUUCGUUGCUUGACCUUCUGGUAACCAUAGUUUGACAUCAUUCCCCCUUUGAACCAGUGUGGACAUUUUGCAGUGUAAUUAGACUAAUAAUAAACUAAUUAAUAUUUCGUGAUAA